AGAUAUAGGAAGAAGGUGAAACUAGGUGAAGUCUGAUGAACACCAUUAAUACAAAUAGAAGCUCAAAAUCAAUAAACAAAAGUCUCUCUGUGAAAAGAGUAAACAGGAAAACAAAAACAAAUUGGAUCUUCUCUGCCCCGUGUGUGUGUCUCUCUCUCUUCUCUUAUCAGCGGGCGCCGCCAUCGCUGUUCAUAUGAUUCCUUUAACAUGAUUAAAACUUAAAAAAUUUCCGUACCCUUUUUGAGAAAACUCACUUUUCCCUCAGUUUCUACUUUAUUGAACAAUUCUUUUCCCUUCAUGCGGUCAUGAGAACGCUGAAUGCCGACCUCUGAUGACCUUCCACCCAUGGCCCAUGGGUGUUUACGACCUAUAGGAAGUGUGUGAUGCACGCGUUUCAUCUGUCAGAAAAGGAUAUCUCAGACAGAAACACUUUUUCCCAUUUAACUAAACUUCCGAGUUAAUCAGACUUAGUUGGCUGGAAUUGGAAGGCAAAGCAGAUCUAAAACAUGAAAGCUGACAAGGAGAAGCAACUAACCACGGGCCAAGGAUGCAGUAUCCAUGAAGUAGCGUAGUGAAUUUGAAAACGCGGUUUUAACGCUGCCACCACGUGGCUGACAACUACGAAAUGUUCAAGCCCAUCCUUUCCAUCAAUGUAGUUCAACCCCCCGACGUCUCUCUGCCUCUGUCAACUGGUUCCACAAUUUCCUGUUCUUCGUCUGGCUUUUGAAUAAAAUAUCUCGAUUUGAUUCAAUGGCGGACGAUAUUUCGGAUUCAAUUGUACGUCUGCAUGGCGAACUUGAUUUGAAAAUCAUCGAAGCUCGAUGCUUGCCGAACAUGGAUUUACUCUCGGAGCGACUCCGUCGAUGCUUAACCGCAUUCGACACGUGUCGAGCCCCGUUUUCUAGACGGAAGAAGAAUCACCACCACCGUAAAAUCAUCACCAGCGACCCUUAUGUAACGGUCUGCCUAGCCGGUGCCACGGUGGCCCGGACGCGCGUGAUUUCGAAUUCCCAGAACCCGAUUUGGAACGAGCGCUUCAAAAUCCCCCUGGCCCACCCAGCAUCUCACGUCGAGUUUCACGUUAAGGAUAAUGACGUGUUCGGCGCCGAUUUUAUCGGGGUCGCAACCGUGUCAGCGGUUAAGGUUCUCGCCGGUGAAACGGUUAGCGGUUGGUUCCAUAUAAUCAGCUCUUACGGUAAACCGCCAAAGCCUGACUGCGCGGUUCGCCUGGAAAUGAGAUUCAUCAAAUGCGAGGAAAUCCCGUUUUACAGAUACGGAAUGGCGGCAAACCCGACCGAGUUCGGGAUUGGAAACUGUUAUUUCCCUGUCCGGCACGGGGGGUCGGUUACUUUAUACCAAGACGCUCACGUGAAGGAAUCGAUGCUACCGGAUAUUGAAUUGGAGAAUGGAACCGUGUUCAAGAACGAGCCGUGUUGGGAAGAUAUCUGUCAUGCAAUCCUAGAAGCGCAUCAUCUGGUUUACAUCGUCGGGUGGUCGAUUUUUCACGAGGUGAAGCUUGUAAGAGAGCCGACGAGGCCGUUGCCAAGUGGCGGGAAUUUGAGUUUGGGGGAUUUGCUCAAGUACAAGUCGCAGGAAGGGGUUAGAGUUCUGUUGUUGGUUUGGGAUGACAAGACCUCCCAUAGCAAGUUUUUCAUUAACACGUCGGGAGUGAUGCAAACUCAUGAUGAAGAGACUCGGAAGUUUUUCAAGCACUCUUCUGUUUCAUGUGUGCUGUCCCCUCGUUAUGCCAGCAGUAAGCUUAGCAUUUUCAAGCAACAGGUUGUUGGAACCCUCUUUACACACCAUCAGAAAUGUGUGAUUGUUGAUUCGCAGGCAUGUGGAAACAAUCGAAAGAUUACUGCUUUUAUCGGAGGUCUAGACCUUUGUGAUGGCCGCUAUGAUACACCUGAACAUCGAUUAUUUCAGGAUCUUAAUACCGUAUUUCGAGAUGAUUAUCACAACCCGACAUUUUCUGCAGGAACCAAGGGGCCAAGGCAACCAUGGCAUGAUUUACAUUGUAAGGUUGAAGGGCCUGCUGCUUAUGAUAUUCUUGCAAACUUUGAGCAGCGUUGGAGGAAAGCUAUAAAAUGGUCAGAGUUUGGACUUCGUUUCCAAAGGGUUACUAGGUGGCAUGAUGAUUCUUUGAUAAAGUUAGAACGCAUUUCAUGGAUACUAAGCCCUUCUGCAUCAGUCUCAAAUGAUGAUCCUGCAUUAUGGGUUUCCAAGGAAGGAGAUCCAGAGAACUGGCAUGUUCAGGUUUUCCGGUCUAUAGAUUCAGGAUCUGUGAAAGGGUUUCCUAAAGAUGUUUAUCAAGCAGAAUCUCAGAAUCUUGUUUGUGCAAAAAAUCUGGUGAUAGACAAGAGCCUUCAGACAGCAUACAUCCAGGCAAUUAGAUGUGCACAACACUUCAUAUAUAUUGAGAACCAAUAUUUCCUUGGAUCAUCAUAUGCUUGGCCAUCUUACAAAGAAGCAGGUGCUGAUAAUUUAAUUCCUAUGGAAUUGGCAUUGAAGAUUGCUAGUAAGAUAAGAGCAAAGGAGAGAUUUGCAGUUUAUGUUGUUAUACCAAUGUGGCCCGAGGGUGUCCCUUCUUCGGCAUCUGUGCAAGAAAUUCUGUUUUGGCAGGGACAGACAAUUCAAAUGAUGUAUGGAAUCAUAGCACAAGAGUUGAAAUCCAUGCGUAUGGAGAAUUCUCAUCCACAGGACUACCUAAAUUUCUACUGCCUUGGUAAUCGGGAAGAAAUUCCCAAAGAAUUUUCUGGGUCAAGUUCAUCCCUCUCCAAUAAUGGUGACUCGGUUUCAGCUUCACAGAAGUUCCAGCGGUUUAUGAUUUAUGUGCAUGCUAAGGGAAUGAUAGUAGAUGACGAGUAUGUGAUAUUGGGAUCUGCCAAUAUUAAUCAACGAUCAAUGGCUGGUUCAAGGGACACUGAGAUAGCGAUGGGUGCAUAUCAACCUCAUUACACAUGGGGUGAGAGGAAGAGACACCCGCGUGGCCAGGUUUACGGGUACAGAAUGUCGCUGUGGGCAGAACACAUGGGGAAGGUGGACUAUUUCUUCAAGGAACCUGAAAGUUUGGGUUGCGUGAAGAGUGUGAACAACAUUGCUGAGGAAAACUGGAAAAGGUACUCAGCUGAGUCCUUUACACAAUUACAGGGGCACCUCCUCAAAUACCCCAUUGAGGUAGAUAGCAGUGGCAAAGUAAGCCCCUUGCCUGGACAAGAGACCUUCCCAGAUGUUGGUGGCAAGGUCCUUGGAUCUCGAACAACGCUUCCUGAUGCUCUUACUACAUAGGCUUCAAAAGUUUUCGUGUUGAUAUCAUCGUAUGGAUUCAUUAACUUUCAGUUCAGCACUCGAGAAGGGGAAAAGAGGUUGGGGCAAA